GGGGGGACGAGCAGAGCGUCGCGUCGCGUCGCUCGCUUCCCUCUAGGACCGCGCCGCCGGCGGGGAGGAAGGGGCGCGUCUCCCCGGAGCCUUCGUCGCCCCGCGCCCUCCUUCCCAGGCCCGGUGCCGGAGGGGGUGGGGGUGGGCGCCCCGCGGGUCCCCUCAGGCUCGGCGGUGCCCGGGGCGGGUGUUGGUGACUUCAGUCAUUUAGGGGUUUAGUUCUGAGGAAGUAGAGACACAAGGAUUGAGUUUUUUUUACAUAGAAAGCUACAGCUCUUCACCAGUACUCGUUUUACUCCUUCCCAUUCUUCCCUGCUCCGUAGGGGAGAACAAUUUGGGAAUUAUUUUAAACAUUGAUUUACUCCCCCUUCCCUCCCUCAGAAAUCUACCCUGGUCCCAGAGGCAUCCACUAGACAGUGCCUGACAGGACCAGGAGAACGUUAUCAUUGCUUGCUUGCUUUGGGAGCUUCAGCAGUACCCUUCCCUCCUUUGGGGUGUAGUGCAGGGAGGCACCCAGAAGACUUCCGUGCCACCCUUUUUGGUUAGUAGAGGAUCCAGGAAAAGGGGUACCUAGCAAGACACGUGACCUCCUUAAGGGAGCCAGAACUGAAGCAGCACUUGGCACGCUGAAGGAAACACCCAUCGUUAGUGUCUUUUUCGUCUUCCACUCCUGCCUCACCAAAUUUCUGCAGUUCCAUUGGAAGGAGACCUUGAAGGUUGCAAGACAAGUCCAAGAUGUGCAGUUCAGUUGCUCCCAGGCUGUGGUUCUUAACAGACCGCCGCAUCAGAGAAGAUUACCCUCAGCAAGAGAUCCUGAGAGCACUGAAGGCCAAGUGCUGUGAAGAGGAGCUGGAUUUCCGGGCCUUGGUGAUGGAUGAAGUGGUGCUGACCAUUGAGGAUGGAAAUCUUGGUCUCCGGGUGAAAGGGGAGCUCAUUACUGCUUACCCACAAGUGGUGGUUGUGCGUGUGCCAACACCUUGGGUCCAGAGUGACAGCGACAUCACAGUCCUUCGCCACCUAGAGAAGAUGGGCUGUCGAUUGAUGAAUCGUCCUCAAGCCAUCCUCAACUGUGUCAACAAGUUCUGGACAUUUCAAGAACUUGCUGGCCAUGGUGUGCCUCUUCCAGACACUUUUUCAUAUGGUGGUCAUGAGAAUUUUUCCAAAAUGAUUGAUGAGGCGGAAGUGCUGGAGUUCCCUAUGGUGGUGAAGAACACGCGGGGUCAUCGAGGUAAAGCUGUGUUCCUGGCACGAGACAAGCACCAUUUGGCAGACCUAAGCCAUUUGAUCCGUCACGAUGCCCCUUACUUAUUUCAAAAAUACGUUAAGGAGUCCCAUGGCAAGGAUGUGCGUGUCAUCGUAGUGGGAGGCCGUGUGGUGGGCACCAUGCUCCGCUGCUCGACAGAUGGGAGGAUGCAGAGUAACUGCUCACUUGGUGGUGUAGGAAUGAUGUGCUCGCUGAGUGAACAAGGCAAGCAGUUGGCAGUCCAAGUGUCAAACAUCCUGGGGAUGGAUGUGUGCGGCAUUGACCUGCUGAUGAAGGACGACGGCUCAUUCUACGUCUGCGAGGCCAAUGCAAAUGUAGGUUUCAUUGCCUUUGACAAGGCUUGUAAUUUAGACGUAGCUGGUAUCAUAGCGGACUAUGCCGCUUCCCUGCUGGCCCCCGGCCGCUUGACGCGGCGCAUGUCCUUGCUCUCCGUGGUGUCCACGGCCAGUGAGACUAGCGAGCCAGAGCUGGGCCCUCCAGCUGGGGCCGCUGUCGACAACAUGAGUGCUAGCUCCAGCUCUGUCGACAGCGACCCUGAGACCACGGAGAGAGAGUUGCUCACCAAGCUCCCGGGGGCUCUCUUCAACAUGAACCAGCUAAUAGCCAAUGAGAUCAAGCUCCUUGUGGAGUGAUGCCACGUGUAAAUAGGUGACCAACAGAACUCUCUCUUGUAAAAAUUUUUUUUAAACCAACUUGCAAUGCUGUUUAUCAGAGACGCUCAGAGGAAUGAGGAAAGGGGGGGUGGGUGUGUCAGUCAAGAGAGUAAAAGUAAAAGGCACACGUGCUGUGAUUGCUGUCCCUACUUAUUUGCAGAACAUUAAAUUGUCUUAAGUUCUUCAUCAGUUUUACAGUGGAGAUGCUCAGUUCGUAACCAAGCAGUAAUUUUAUUUGGAUGCUGCUUUGGUCCCCAGAUAUAUUGCAGUUCAUGUGUCUUCACAGGCAAGCAUUGAAGCGUGAUUCACACUUGAAGAUUUUCAGAAAGUUGUCUGGCAGCUCUCUAGAAACUUCUGUGAAUUAUUGCACCAGUUAAGUCUCUUCUACCUCUGUAAGGCUUGAUCCUGUAAAUUGCCGAGUGCCUCAAAUUCUUUGUGUGAGUUGAAGGUGUUAAAUACCAAGUAUUGCAAAAUUCCUGGACACCUACUGUUCCUACUCUUGUAGAUGGGAGCUGUACGUUCAGGAUCCUUUUAAAGUCAUCACUUUCUGACCUUGCAGGAUACGGCCUUUCAAAUGAUGAAGCUGAGAGAAGUAUCAGUUGACUUAAUGUGAACUUUCUGUAAAAAUCUGUAGAUUGUACCAUCUUGGUAUUAAGUGGCAGCUUUAUGUCUAAAUUCCUUUAUAAAGUUUUAAAGGAGGAUACUUCUGUUCUCAUUUCAAAUCCUCAUUUUGGAAGGUAUAUAGGGGAAUUGGUCAUAUUCUAUUUGUGGGCAGAAGUGGCACGUUUUUAACUAUUUUUGCAUGGUUGGAGGAGAUAAACAGCACUGUAAUGUUUGGUAUACAAAAAUGAUGUUUAAUCUAAAAAUGUGAAAAAGAAUUACACUAGUUUAAAGCAAACGUGCAUCGACUUGUAUUUGUUAGUGUUUUAGUCUUUCUGAGAGAGAUCUGCAAUGUUAAUGUUCCUUUUUCUUUAAUACAUGCUAGUCCAACACUCCCUUCUCUAUGCCUGCAUCUUUAACAGUGGCCAAAGUGAAAACACCGCAGACUGUUUGUUAAGAAAACACUGAGUUGUAGCCUGUACAUUGGUGGGGGGGUUGUUUGUUUGUUUUUGUUUGCUUUUUUUUUUGGAGGGAGGAAUGUGGUAAGGUGUGGAGGAGGGAAGAGCUGGUUAAAAGUGGUUAGUCAUCCAGAGGAAUUUUAGAAUAAAGCUACAGUUCAUACAAUACUUACCAGGCUUACUUUUUCCCCACUGAACAUAAAAAACUGAUGUUGGCAUAAAUCCAAAGAGUAUAACUGGGGAGAAAUAUUCAGUUCUUAGCUUUGGAAAAUGUGGCAGAUUUAAAAAAGGAAAAAAAAAAAGAAGGAAAAGAAAGAAAAAAAAGAGAGCUCAGCCAGAGUUUAAAAAAAGAAGAAAAAAAAUAACCUAGGUCCACAAACAAUUAAGGGGUUGAUCCUAGGCCCUUACAUGUACGUAGUGUGAUUGCACACACUCGUGUGUGUUUGUGUGUGCACAAUUGUUUUUCUUUAUUUUUUUGAGGAUGUUGGCUGUUCAGCUCCUAAUUUUUUCGCAGACUUCCUGAUUUUCCUUAAUCCUUCUGGCUGUGCAUUUUCUCAUUAGCCUUGAGCUGGUUUGUAAAACAGAUAACCAAAACAGAUACUGAGUCCAUUUUUCAGUCCCUGUCUUCCUCCUCCUUUUCCUCCUCCUUCUUCCUUUUCAUUCCCCUCUUAUUCUUGGGGUUCAUAAAGCCCUGGAACUAUAUAUAUAUAUAUAUAAAUAUAUAUAUAAAGAUAAGCCUCUUUUUUAAAAACAAAAAGUAAAACGUUUACAAUUGAAAAAUCAUCUUGUGAAAAUAGGUUUGUUUGGAGGGGGGUUGUGUGUGUGCAAUGCUGCUGUUUUCUGGAUACUUUAAUGGAGCAUGUCCCAUGUACCCUCUGAGGUUCUGCACUGCCCACCUCUGUGGCCCUUCCUCACCUCUCUGCUGCUCUGCUGUUUUACCUUCACUUGGACCUUAAACGCAACUCACGGACACUAUGCAGAGAGUCUUCAAGAGGCAAUAAACAGAACAGUAUUAACCUA